AUGAGCAAAACCAUAAAGUUCAACGCCGGCAAGGUCCAGUACGACGAGGAAACGAAAAAGUGCACGCCAUUGCCCCACAAGGGCCAAGUUGUGAUCAAGCCGCUGGAAGAAGAAGGGUGUUUUGACUUCAGGUGGUCACCAAAGGGUAAUCUGGGCAACGUUGAGGUGGACGAGCGUCUUAUUAUUCCAGGAGAUAUGACGUUCAAGCAGGUAAAGCUGUGUAAUACUGGGCGUGUGAUUGCAUUGACUUUCGUUUCAUCUGGCGACAGAAGUCUAUACUGGCUCCAGGACGUUGGGGACGUUGAAGAGUAUGGCCAGUGGACAGAAAAGGACCAAGAGUUGCUCAAGUCGUUACAGGCGCUAGUGGAAGAGGAAGAGGAGCCAGUGGAGGAGACGGUGAAGCAGGAGUCUAAAGAGGAACCUCAAAGAGAGCAAACAAGGGCACCCAUUACCUCUAUUGAUGAUGUUCUCACUGUGGAUGUGAUUGACAAGCACUUGACGCUGUUGCUGGAUAAAGAGCUUGUGGAGAAAUACGGAGACUUGUUGCCUGAAGGAGUGAAACCAACGAGAGAAGAGAUUAUACGAGUAGUGAGGAAUGGCUUCUUUCAACAGGCGAACAAGGAGUUGAGCAGUACCAUCUUGAACAAUGGAGUCGGACAGAUUUUGGCCAGCAGUUUGGGGUACGAGUAUCAAGGCGAAGGCAUUGAUGCGUUUCUUGAAGGGCUCCGGAAGGCGAAGUAA